GAGGCCAGAGAGCAAAGACGACGACAUACGAAGACGAAGGGAGAUAGAAGAGAGAAGCUCAGACUCCAAGUACUCCAUGAAUAGGUUUGCUUGGACUGGAGAGAGGAGAGCCCUUGGCAACACAUCUGGGGGUAGAAGCAACCCCCAAAAGAAAAGGAAUUGGACUCCACGCACAGACAAAGCAGAUGGAGAAAGACGUCAGUGGACAGAGUGAGACGAGGAUCAUCGGGGAGAGCUUCCUCUGGAGGAAAGCGGGACCUUUGUGAACAAGGAGUCGACAUCCAAGCUCAUCCUAGUUGCCAACGAGACACCAAGGACACGAGUGGCGAAGAUCAGCAGGAGAGAAGGUGCCAAGAAAGGGGCAAGAGGGAACCAAGAUGAAGGUUGCUGCAAAUUUAUCCUUCAUGUUUGGAGAAGCAGGAGGCCUUCUGGCGAGGUACAAAGCGGCUAAAGAGGCUGGAUUCCAAGCGGUAGAAUGCGCCUUUCCAUACACGGUCCCCGCUGAGGAAGUGGCUUCAACCUUGAAAGAACUUGAGUUGAAGCAAGUUCUUAUAAAUUCUGACCCAGGAAACCUGCAGGCUGGAGAGCUUGGUUUUGCAGCUUUGCCAGGAAAAGAGGUUACCUUCAGGGAAUCACUUGAACGAUCAAUACAAUAUGCAAAGGCACUUGGCUGUGGCAAGUUGCACAUAAUGUCUGGACGCCGAAGCAAAGACCACGAUGAGGAAACACACUUAGCUACCUUGGAAGCAAAUUUAAAUCAUGCUGUCAGUCGCCUUUCUGCAGAGAAUAUUAUUGGCUUAAUUGAACCAUUGAAUCCUGUAUCUACUCCUGGCUAUUUCCUCAAUAGUUUUGAGACUGCCCAAUUGUUGAUAGAGAAGAUCAACUCACCCCAUCUGAGGCUGCAGCUAGACAUCUUUCACAUGCAGAUGAUAUGCGGCAAUGUCACCAACAAUAUCAAGAAUUUAAUGCCUAUUGUGGGUCAUGUGCAGGUUGCCCAGGCACCCCAUCGCCAUGAACCCUCUUGCCCGGGAGAACUCGACUAUCCUUACAUAUUUUCAGUUUUACGAGAGGCUGGUUAUGAGGAUUAUGUCGGUGCUGAAUAUAGUCCAUCAACAAACUCGGCCAAUUCUCUACAGUGGUUGGAGAAAUGCCAGUUGCAUUUUUAGACUAAAAAUAAUAUUUUAAAAGUUGGUAUGUGUGCAUAUAUAAAUUCUGAAACAAUAAAAUACGUGCCACUGAUAA